ACGAUAGUGACCAUGUUGUUUGUGUGGUGAUGAUGUGACAUGUUUAUUUUGUUGACGUUUGGAUUGUUUGGUUUCGGGUGAAAUAUAGGUUUUUAUUUUUUAUUUUCAUAUACUCUUAUUGUUAGAUUUCAGCUUCAUCAUUCUUCGACACUCUGGAAGACUUGCAGAUAAGCUAUUCACCAUGUCGGCAGGAACCUCGUGGAUCCAAAGACUUAGCAAGGCGGCACUGACUAGAUUGCUCACGGAGGCAGGGGAGGCCGUGUCCGAGACUGAGAAAAUCGAGGUCCUCCGCACGAGAAUCCGGAAACUGGCGCGGAAGUCGCCCGGUGACUUUGACGUGUCCCCUGGCAGGCUAGAGCUACUGGGAGAGAUGAACAAGCGACGAAGGACUUCGUCUGUAGCGAGCAGGCAGGAAGAGGAUGCAGAUACCGACUCUGUGCCUGAGCCGGCUCGGAAAAAGAAGAAACUGGACCCCUCGGAGUUGUGUCAGCAGUUGUAUGACACGAUCAGGAAUUAUAAGAAGGACGAUGGGACUUUACUGUGUGACUCUUUCAUCAGAGCUCCAAAACGCAGACAGGAGCCUGCCUACUAUGAGGUAGUGUCAAAUCCCAUUGACAUGCUGAAGGUGCAGCAGAAGCUGAAGACAGAUGAAUAUGAAGACAUAGAGGAUUUAGCAACUGACAUUCAACUUAUUUGCAAUAACGCAAAAGCUUUCUACAAGAGGACUUCGCAGGAGUACCGCGAUGCUUGUGAGCUGUGGGAGUUAUUCGUAGCCAACAAGAAUCGCCUGGUGGACUCGGAGGAGAGUGGAGCAGAACACAAGGGAAAGAUCAUCCUGAAAGUUGGCAAACUGGCGCGCCGCGCGGCGGCUGCGGCAGAGGCCAGGAAGCAGGACUCGGAGGCGACGGAGGGGGAGAACUCCGAGUCGUCCUCCAACAACCCCGACGACGACAUGAACCAGUACGAGGAGCUGUUCACCGCCGUCAUGCUCGCCACAGACUCUGACAACCGGCCGCUCCACACCGUGUUCCAGCUGCUGCCUUCCAAGAAGCGCUAUCCAGAGUACUAUGAUGUUAUAGAGAAUCCUAUUGAUCUGAAAAUGAUAGCAACAAAGAUACAGCAGAACAAGUACACCAGCAUCAAUGAUAUGGAGAAGGAUUUGCUGCAGAUGACAAAGAACGCCUGCCAGUUCAACGAACCAGGCUCACAGAUCUAUAAGGACGCGAAAGCACUGCGUAAAGUGAUCACAGGGAAAAAGACAGAAGUGGAGCACGGAAAGUUGGAGCACGGCAAGUUUGUGCCAGGGAAGACCAGCGAAAGGAUCAGUGGUCCUUCCAGGAACAAGCGGCUGAGGGGUGUCCAGUCCCUGUCCGCCAUCACCGCGGCGCUCCGGGAUGAGGACGAGGACAGCGACGAGGGAGAGAUGGACGAGGAGCCCGAGAUUGAGGACGCCGACAAUCCUCGCUGGCAGCUUUUCGAGUCCGUCAAGAACGCCAGCAGUCCAGCAGGUCACAUACUUAGUGAACCGUUUUGGAAACUUCCAUCAAAGCGGUACUACCCUGAUUAUUACAAGGAGAUAAAGAAUCCCGUAUCACUGUCUCAGAUUAAGAAAAAACUCAAACGGGGUGACUACGGAACUGUGAGCGAAGUGGCCGGUGAUAUGAAUAUCAUGUUUGAGAAUGCCAAAAAGUACAACAGGCCAGAUUCCAGGCUUUAUAAGGACGCAGUAAAGUUGCAGAAGUUAAUGCAGACCAAAGUGCAUGAGAUUCUCGACCUUGAACAGGAUUCUGACAGUGAUGGUGAUUCAGAUGACAGAUCUCGGAAACGAAGCCGUGGAAAAUUUUCUGUGACGCCUAAAGUGCUUCGCUACAAGGAUGACCUCCCGCUGAAGAAACGACUCCAUGCACUGGGGAAGUGUCUGUUGGAAUAUGUGCAUGAAGAUGGUAGACAGCCAAUACUCAUGUUCAUGGAAAAACCAUCAAAGAAGCUAUACCCGGACUAUUUCCAAGUCAUCACAGAACCUAUCGACAUGUUGACCAUUCAAGCGAACAUCAAUGCUGAGAAAUAUAAUUCAGAGGAAGAGAUAAUUAGUGAUUUCAAGUUGAUGUUCAACAACUGUCGUCAGUACAACGAAGAGGGUUCGAUGAUUUAUGAAGAUGCCAACAAACUAGAACAUGUGUUGAUGGAAAAAUUGAAGGAACUAGGACCUUUGAACGACUUAAAUAAGAAAGGAAAAGGUCCUGUGAAGGUUCGCAAGAGCACAAGUGCUCAGGCCCAAAAACUGAAGACGCUAUAUGACACCAUUAAAGAUUACAAAGAUCCCAAAGGCAGGCAACUCAGUCUCAUCUUCCAGAAACUUCCGUCAAAGAUUGAGUAUCCUGAUUACUACGAGGUAAUCAAAAGACCCAUUGACUUGGAAAGAAUUUCUCAGAAACUGAAGACUUCUCAGUACGAGACACUGGAUGAUAUAGUGUCUGAUUUUGUGCUGAUGUUUGAUAAUGCCUGCAAAUACAACGAGCCAGAUUCCCAAAUAUACAAGGACGCGCUGAUGCUGCAGAGGGUGGCGCUGCAGACCAAGCUGCAGCUGCGGGAGGACGAGGAGUCAGUCCCGGACGUGACGGCCGCCGUGCAGGAGCUGCUCACCUCGCUGUUCAUCGCCAUCUACAACCACCAGGACGAGGAGGGCCGCUGCUUCUCCGACUCCAUGGCGGAGCUGCCCGAGCACGACGAGGUGGACGGCCAGAAAGUUCGGGCGUUAUCCUUGGACCUGAUCAAACGCCGGCUGGACAGGGGCUUGUACCGCCGGCUUGACACCUUCCAAGAGGACGUGUUCGCGUGUCUGGAGCGAGCCAGGCGCCUGUCGAGAACAGACUCCCAGGUGUUCGAGGACUCCAUCGAGCUUCAGUCCUGCUUCAUCAGGCAGAGGGACGAGCUGUGUCGCGGGGGAGACCUGCUGCACUCGCCCGCCCUCAACUACACGCUGCUGGACAUGGCGGAGGCCGUGGAGGCCACCCGCCAGCACAAGCUGCUGGAGGAGCAGCCCGAGGAGGAGGCGGAGACCCGCAGCUCCGACGACUCGCUCAAAGUGAGCCCGGCCAGCCCGCCGCCUGCACGCUCCCUCGCCGAGAGCGGGGCCAGCGCCGGCGGGGACUCGAUGAGCUUCAACCAGCAAGUGUACCGCGUCGGGGACUUCGUGUACGUCGAGCCCAAGGAGCGCGGCAUGGAGAGCAGCAUCAUCCACAUCGAGCGGCUGUGGACCAACCAAGAGGGCCAGCAGAUGAUGUACGGCAACGUGCUGUUCCGCCCGAACGAGACCUACCACGUCACCACGCGGAAGUUCCUCGAGAAGGAGGUUUUUAAAAGUGAUGUCCACAAAGCUACGCCAUUGAACCAGCUUCUCGGUGUCUGCUGCGUGAUGAGUGUGAAGGAUUACUUCCGUUCCAUCCCAGAAGGUUUUGCAGAGAAAGAUGUGUAUGUGUGCGAGUCGAGGUACUCCACGCGAGCGCGAGCAUUCAAGAAAAUAAAGGUGUGGCCGUUCAUCACGACCCAGAACCUCAAGCUCAUCCCGAGGGAGGAGGUGUUGGAGCCGAAACGCAUCAUGUCCGUGUAUCGAGAGAGAGUGGAGAAGCACAAGGAAGAGAUCGCCGAACUGGAGGAGAGGGAGAAGUUUGUUGUGAAGGAGAAACCUAAUAUUGAAGUUUUCUAUCCUCAAGGAGUGGAAGGUCAUACGUACUUCGAGCAGUAUAACACCCCGGCCUGUUUGAUUAGGACAGGUGAUUGCGUAUAUGUCAGAACUGAUGGAGGGAGACAGUUUGUUGCGCAAGUGGAUACAAUCUGGACUACCAAAAAUGGAGUGUGCUACUUCCGUGGCCCGUGGCUGGUGACGCCACCGGAAAUACCUCACGCGCCCACCCGCUUGUUCUACAAGCAAGAAGUGUUCCUCAGCACACUCGAAGACACCAACCCUGUGGAGAACAUCGCUGGGAAGUGCGCUGUGCUCGAACAUGGCGAAUAUAUAUCCUGUCGGCCAACUGAAAUUCCAGAGCAUGAUGUGUACGUGUGCGAAAGUUUGUACGAUGAGGCAAGGCGACAGGUGAGGAAGCUGUCGAGAGAAGGACUGAAGAAAUAUUCGCAUAGCAAUGCAGUUCUCGAGGAUGAAAUAUAUUUUUUCAGGCGUCUCAUCAACCCACCCAAGAUUGGAAGUGAAUCGGCUCAGCAUCAGCCAGAUUCAAAGCAACAGGGUUCGAACUUUGAUAUGGAUGCCUCUCCGUUGUCCAAGAUUGCUGUGGACCCCGACCUGCUGGAGGACUCGCUUGACGGCGGGCCGCCUUCCAUGGGCUCGGGCGACAUCCCCUCGCAGUCCUCCGCGACGCCCCUGUCUUCCAAAAAGAAACUACAGAAUGCCAAGAAAUUGGUCACAGGCUACCUAUUGUACUCGAGUGACGUACGCAGAGCUAUUGCUGCCAACCACCCCGACUCUACCUUUGGCGAGAUCAGCCGCAUCGUUGGUAAUGAAUGGCGCCACCUGCCGGCGCAGGAGAAGCAGGCGUGGGAGGAGCGAGCCGCCAGAAUAAACGAGGAGCAGGCUGCCAAGGCAGACUUGGACCGGUGUCCCAGCCCGGCCUCCAGUUACUUUCCCGUCCCGCAGGGCCCGCCUGUCGAGAACCACGUCUUCGAGUGCCUCUGGGACAGCUGCGACUGGCAGUUCGAAGACAUUGCCGACUGCUUCGACCACGCCGCCGCCGAACCGCACGGCCAUGUGUUCACUCAUUUCGCAUCCGUGCCGUCCCAAGAGGCGGAGUUCCAGUGCCAGUGGCGCGGCUGCGGCCGCAUCAGGAAGUGUGCCCCGCCCUUCCCCAACAUCCAGCGCCUGGCACGCCACGUCAAGGAGGUGCACAUCCUAAAGGGCAACGGCAGAGUCAUCAUGCCGCACGACCGGAGCAGGAACUUCAUGAAUUCACGUGCACCGCCACAAACCCAAGUCAUUAGUCACAGUGAAACUUCCGGAACUAUGUGUCGUCUCGUCGCCCCCCCUUGCCUGUCCACAAGCAGUUUUCCUCGCCCGCCACGCCCCAGGCUUCGUACCAGCACAUGCAUAUGGCUAACCCUACAAGCUCACUCGCUCACAGUCUGUCUCGACAAACUCCAUCGCCUCACGCACAUUUCGCUGCUAUUCCCACCACUGUCCGUGCUACGGAACCAUUGUUUGUUAGCGUUCCACCAAGACCUCAGCGGUUGCUCCACUCUGAGGCAUAUAUUAGGUACAUAGAGGGCCUGCAGGCGGACAACCGGUACAUGUCGAACUGGGACCGGCAGCUGCGAGCCACCCCCGAGACCACGCAUCCGCCCGACCCCAGCAAGCUGCCCGCGCACUGGCUCUCCAACAGCGUGGGCAACCACGGCAGCAUCGUGAACGCCCUGUGGGCGCUGCGCGACUUCAUGAUGCGGGACGCGCUGGGCAUCAACAAGGCCCUCUGAGACGGCACGGCGUCGUCUCGUUCGCGAAGACCACCUUCACGCGGUGGAACAUUGGUGCGACAUUCCCCCCUUUAUGGAGCUCUCCCACGUGCAUUUUGCCUGUGUACGUAAAAUAUUAACUGUCCCUUUCAAAAUGUUUCAAUAGUGUACCACUUUUGAUCUGUUACUCAUAAAUGUUCAUAGAAAAAGCAUUAUUUUUUCCCAACUUGAUGGGUUUUCCGACAUUUUGAACCACUUUGAUGUUGGUUAUGUUGAUACAGCACGGCAAAUGUGUGAUAUCUUGGACCUUGGUAAUCCUGAGAUGUUGAAUAACUCCUAACGAAAGUUGGCAAAAUGAGAAAUAUGUAUGUGUUAGUUUUGAAUGUGUUUAUUAAAUUGCAAACGAGCCACGUGGAGUUUUGUCUAGAGAGCUUAGAAUACUGUGUUCACCUGUAAUUGGGUAUAUUUUAUAGCUGUGUUGCAUUGGACAUUACAGUGACAGUCUAACCUUUAUCACUGCCUUACAGAUGAUUUUUUGUGGGAGUAUCCGUGUGUAAGCAUGGUGUAGAAGGGUCUCACUUGUGAUUAGGUAGUUUCAGAGGAAGAGUGUCUCAGCUUCUGCUGUUUUCUGGGAAACUGUGCUUUUUUUUCCAUUUCGAAGUGAUUUGGGCAGAUUGCUUCAGAGAUAGCAAUCCUUUGGUUUAGUUGGGAAGGAUCGAGCAGAAAUGAAGGUUGAUAGAAAUGCUGACAUCUAGAGCGUAGCUUACAUUCAGUUUCUUGUGAACAAAUCUUAUCAAGUCAGCUUUCUUCCCUCAUCCCUUCCCCAUUUAGUGCUAGCUUUAGGUAGAGUUUAUAAUAUAGAGGUGUGUGAGAAGCCGCCGCCCCCCCCCCCCCUUUUUUUUUUUACGGUUCGAGACAAAAUUGAAAUCAAAUUAGGAAAAUCUUCCAAAUCAAACCUAAUUAAAUUCACAGAAUUUACUAUUAUAAAAUUAAUGUAUUUUUUACUCAAUUAGCUAAUUCUUCAAGCCUUAUUAGUGCACUGGCAGUUAUGAUCUAUUUUUAAUGACUUGGCUGAUUCACUACUCCCUGAAAACCUCAUGAUAUCAGGAUUUUAUCGAAAAUCGUUCUUGAUGUUCCCAGACUCGCAUGUUUCAUAUAACUAGUAUAAAUAUUUUAACAUUUUUUAACAUUUUGACUAUCACUAAAUAUUUUUAAAAAGUUAAAAUAUGUAUAUAAAACUUCUAUACAAUAAAAACUUAUUCAGAACUGAAUUGAAAAACUUAAGAGGACACUUCGUUGAGUUGUAAACCCCUGAAUAUACAUGACACCGGAGUUUAGCCAUUACCAAGUCAUAGAUGCAACUUGUGUAGGUUGAUUGUGAAAGAUUGUUUCAAUACAAGAAAUGCCAAAAUGUAAUUUUUUUCUCAUGUUAAUUUGUUGAUUUGUAUCUGUUCCUUAAUAUUUUUAUUGCUCUGAAAUUUUAAAUUUGUCUUGAGCAUUUUUGUACACUUGUGUGUUCUGAACUUUGCUUAAUAAAAAAUGGUACAAAGAGUAAA